UCGGUGUCGGAAUGUGAGGCGGAGUGGAACACAACAAUGCCAGCUAGCACGGUGUUGUUGUGGUGUAGACCAGGCUGGGACGGUGGACUCGACCAGAGUUUCACGCUGGAGGUGCGCAAGGCAGCAAAGGAGGAGGUGCUGGAGGCCUUCCGUCACGCCUCUGACCCAGUCUUCACCAUCAAUGGGUUGAAGGUGGGCGUGGAGUACCUGUUGACAGUGACUGCAGCUAAUAUGCGAGGUUCGAGCCCUCCCAUCACCAUCACAUACACCCCGAUGCCAGCCUCAGCUAACAAGGUGGUGUUGCCACACGCUCACGACGCUCUCUCCACAAUUGCACCAUUCUUCGUGCUCCUUAUGGGCGUGCUGCUUUCCGCACUGGUCUGUGUGGGCGUGGGAACUUUUAUGUCAAGGAAAGAGAGGUGGAGGAAGGGUACAGGAGAGAUCAUGUACGCCAGAUCGCUCAAAGACAUCCACGACAACACGGAUUUUCACACUGUCAUUUGUGUAAGCAGAGAGUUCGAGAAGGAAGAGACGAUGAUGCUGUCAAAAACCAACGGUGCUGGAGCAGCCUCCCUCCAUGUCAACCCUGGAACACUCAUUUGUAAUUCGAAUGCGUUAUCCCUGGAGAACAACGCUUUACUCAGGAGGAAAGUGGUGAAACUUGAUUCCCUCAGGAGGUGUUCCACUGCUGCCUCCAUCUGUACCACAGCAUUCAAGACUAUUACCUCCAGAUCCUCCUCCACCAUGGCACUUAACCCGGAGUACCUUGUUGAACGUCCGAAAUCCCUGGCCAGGGAGUCUCAUUUUCGUACCAGAAAGUCGUGCUUUCUAGAUAAAGGUCAAGAUUCCUUGUCCAGGAGCUCUAGUUUCCUCUGCACGGAGGAAACUCAGCCGCCUUCAACAAUGUUCUUUGUCCACCAUCACAAGGAAAGCUUUGUAUAGCUGACACAAUAUUUUAGCUCUGGAGCAAAGACAUUUGCAAUAUCUGUAUGAUGCUCAGAGUAACUGAGAUAAUCAAAAUUCAUUCGCAUCCAAUGAUUUAGAAGUAAAAAUAUUGAUCACCAGUUUCAUGUAAUAUAUUUCUUGUCAUACUUUUAUUUCCAAAGAAGUAGAGUCUGUACAAGGCCGUUAGAGAUAAAUUAGAUCAAACUACAGAGAUAAGGAGGUGGGUUAAAAUAACAGGGUACAUACACUGAUAGAUACCUGUCGGUGUAUAUACCCUGGGCCUCAUACGUAGAUACCAGGUAGUACAAUGACUCCAGUUACUGUUAAUGGCGCAUAUAUGUGUGUUGUCAGGUGUGUUAUAUGUGUACAUUAUGUUGGCAUCAGGAAAUAUAGUUAGGUUUCCAGUAGACUAAUAAUGUGGCAGUCGAGGACAUAUCACAAUCUGCUCUCCUUAGACUGUUCGACUGAGACCUCUGUAGUAAAAAUUCAGUCAAUAAAGAAUAAACACUACUAAACGUCUCGAACACCAAUAAACACGAAAAUACCCCACGA